AUGUCGUCAGCUUCUACAGCUACUCCGGCUAAACAUGCCUUUGAGAAGCGUGUCGAGAGGGUCAAGUCUCCCAAAAACGAUAUUAAUGCCUUGAUUUUGGAUUAUUUGACCAUGGAGGGCUACCCGAAUGCGGCUGCAAGGUUCUCUAAAGAGGCAAACUUGCAGCCACAGCAGGAUACCUCCGCCAUCCGCGCCAGGCAGCAGAUUCAGAACUGCAUCCACAGCGGGAAUAUUCAGACUGCCAUCGAGACUCUCAACGAACUUGAUCCUGAGAUUCUGGAUGAAGAUACCGCAUUGCACUUUUCUCUACUGCGGCUUCAACUCGUCGAGUUAAUCCGAGUGUGCACUGCAUCAUCAGGGGGAGAUAUUAGCCCUGCGCUGAAAUUUGCUACGGAACAGCUUGGUCCGCGUGCUUCUACCAAUCCUGCAUUCUUGGAGGAUCUGGAAACAACAAUGGCUUUGCUGCUAUUUAAUCCCGACGUCUUGGAACCGCAAUUGGCCGCUCUUCUCGACCCUGGUCUGCGCCGUGAUGCAGCGGCCAAGGUGAACCGGGCCAUCCUGGAAAGGCAAUCAACCAGACGCGAGGCCGCCAUUCGCCAGCUCGUCAAGAUGCGAGCAUGGGCAGAAGGUGCGGCGAGGGAGAAGGGCACCAUCCUUCCCGACCGUCUCGAUAUAGGACUGAGAGGUGAAGAGUCCUCGAAUCAAGCCUGGCGAGGUUCCAAUUCAGAGAAUGGACAUGAUUCCAUGGUGACGACCUAA